AUGGAAAGGGAGAUAGGAAGGAAUGCCUUCACGCGUAGGAAUUCAUCAGGUGGUCGGCUGUGGUUUUGUGCGAGGAGGCUCUUGCCGCGGCUUUGGUUUACCCUUUUCAUGGUGUUGUUUUCCUUGUUUUCAUUCUCGCUCUUGACCUGGCAGACGCUUUUUCCUUAUUCAGGCAGGAAUAGAAAAAUUAAUACUUCCCCCUUUGCUUCUCGUGUCUUUGUUAACGCCGCCUCAGGCCGUGCUAUGGUUGGUGUGGGUGCCAAGCCUGGUGUCAUGCUGCCGAUAGCCCCAACAGGGCGUUUAACCACCUUUAUUAUACCGUACAGUGGCACUGAGGAGGAAGAGGGAGAAGGAGACGCUGCCGAUGGUGCGAGUGAUAUUAACGUAAAGAUGCGGGAUGACGCAGGGACACCGCUGCAAACCGGUGGGUAUCGUCUUCACCGGGAUGUAUGCCUUGCGGGAAAUGGGACGCGGCUGCAACUUUAUCGGCCUUUAGGAAAUAAAAUGGUAAAAGAAGAUGAAGUUCUUUUUAUUGCACACGGCGGGUACGAUUCCGGAGUCUUGAGCCGGGACUUGACAUCUCUCUUUGUGUGGCUACAGCAAUGGGAGUUGCCGUUGGGUAGUCAUGGCGAGUCACGCCUUUUUCUGCACACAGCAGGGGGGAAGAAAGUUUGGGUUCCGCGCACGAACACCAUAAUCUUAGCGGUCGGUGGUAGUGGCGGUGAUCGCUGCAAGGAUGUGGAGAGGGCCCGUUUUUACCGCACCCGUCUCCUGCAUUGGAUCCGUGUGGUGACGGGCCAUUUUCGACUGUCGCCAUGGUGGAGCGAUCAUAGAAGCGCUGCAGAUGACAUGGCUGCCACUCGUUACGUGGUGGUGAGACUGUCAACCGGCAAGAAUCAGGCGUCCACGUCAGUGGUGUCAUCAUCGCUGCGUGAUUUGGGCUGCUACGCGUAUGUCGUGCGGACGGAGGUGGGUUUAUCUCGUUGGUUUCCCUCGACUUCGUUGGCACACCGCCUCCGUCAGCGAUGGAUGCAGUACUUACAUCAUCGGCAUCGUCGAGCAGAGGCGUUCAUUUCAGAUCCAGUUAAAGCUGUGACUUCCAUGUGGGGCGCGCAACCACUCUCUCCGGUGCUGCGCCGUAUGAUUAUUGACGCCGUGAGGAGUGAUACAAAGAGGGCUCGUAGUGGUGAUAAUGAAACUGGCUUUCUUCUUGGGGACACAUCCUCUUUUGAGCCAACGGACUGUCGUUACGGCGAAAGUCCAGACGCGGCUACGCUGUCUCGCACACUGACGGAAGUGUCUUCCCUGCGCAAAGCGAGUCCGCUGCGGAUCACCGUGUUGCUACCCUGUGCGACUGAGCAGUAUAACGUGGGGGAGAUGGCUUUGUAUCUGCACGAGAAGUUUGGACGAGUGAGUCGUAUUCAACUUCUCUACAUGUAUGGCGGCAGGCCGGAGGGUGCUGACAUGAGUCCCGUGGUUGUGUCCCUUGCGCAUGGCGACUACCUUGAAGUAUUGCGACUGUUGGCGCUGACCGAUCUUUUGAUCACUUCGCACGGUGCGGCAUUGGUUUCGAUGGUGGCAAUGCAACCGGGCAGUGUUGUGGUUGAACUGUUUCCGCGUCUCUGUCGCUCAUAUACGUACCUGGAAUUGGCUGUGGCGAUGCGUGUCGUCUAUUUCAGCCACGAGGGAAAUAGCCCUGAGGCUGCCAAGACGCAUAGUCAUUCAUUUACGCCUGGUAAUAGGUUGGUGAUGUUUGCCGCGAAUGAAACCGUGAACGAGUCCGUUGGUGCUGCUGACAUGCACCCGUAUCUCCUGCCCCUUUUUCACCCCAAUUCUGCAUGUCAUCAUUGGCGUUCCACCAGUGUUUCUGCCCUUCGACUCUAUCACUUGGUGAAGAACGGCCUAUCUUCUGUGUGGCUUCGCAACGGCCGCUUCUCCGGUGUCAUGGCGUUUGAUCGCCGCUGA